AUGGAUGAUGAUGGGGACAUGGCCGAAAUGUAUCUGACGAAGCAGAAGGAGAGAAUGGAGGCCUAUCUAUCGACUGUUCCGUAUUUCCUGAGUAGCAUUCCUGCUGUGUCAGCUGUGUUGAAAUUUGCAUCGGUUUCACCAGUCAGUUUGAUCAGCAUAUCUCAUAAACUUGAUAAAACGAUGAGUAGUGUUAUUGGCUCGAGCAAACAUGGAUCAUCCAGCAGCGGUGGUGAUCGCAUCGAAGAACUGGAGAUGUUGCUCGAGGCCUAUUUCGUCGUCAUCGACAACACUCUCAGCAAAUUACUAUCAGUUGCUGCAAUAGUUACCUCAAAUCUCAACAAAAUAAUUGAUGUUAAUUACUACCCUGUUGAAACUGCAAAGAGGUCAAAUAUGCGGCACGGGCCAAUUGGUAUAGGAGUACAGGGUCUUGCAGACUUUCAUCUUGCUUGGCAUGCCAUUUGAUUCACUAGAGGUAACUACCAGGUUUCUAAGAAAUCCCAUUUGAUAUCUUCUAUCAAUUUAAUGACUGAUCUGUGAUUGUGUUUGCUGGUUUAUUGUGUAGGCUCC